UACCCCUACCUCCCACUCGAGCCCCCCAAGCUCCCCCACCUUGACCUUGCAUUGGAGCUCCACUUCUCCCAGCUCGAGACCAGAGCCCUCUUCCAUGCCCUCAGCCAGCACUGACGGGACCUCUGUGUCCUCUGGCUCCGGAGACAGCGAGCCAAAGGUCCUCCUUUGCCCAUCACCCACCAGAGUGAUCUCCGUGGGGCCAAGGGAGAAGGGGGCUUGGACGGGGUAGAGCACCUGCGGAGGGGCUAGGCUUGCCAGAAUAAAGCCUUUGUGUUCCUCUGUGGCCUCCCGGGUCAUGGACUGCUGUGACAAACGCUUCUGAGUGUCUACUAUGUGCUGGGGUCAUAGUGGGGACCAUUUCUCCACCCUCGUGGGGCCCACAGUCUCAAAUAUGGGGACAGACAAUAGCCAGGGAAUCAAAUGACAUCACUUCAGGUGGCGAAGAGGGUCACGGAGUCACAGACUGGGGUUGUGGCCGAAUCACAAGGGCCCUUGCGUCCAGGUUUCCUGAGAGGGCGGUGAGGGGUGGUGGGAAGGAGCCACCCUGGAGAAAGCUGGGAGGGGAUCCCAGGAAACAGGCACAGCAAAUGCAAAUGUCCUGCGGUAGGAAGAACUCACGACGUUUGGGAAACAACACGGAAGUAAGUGAAGUCGGAGUAGGAUAAGGGAGACGUGCGUGGGGGGCCGCGCUGGCUGUGCGAAGGAGUGUGUGUCUUAGAAUGGAAAGAUUUUACCAGCUCAGACCAGCUUUACAUCACGGGGGAGUUUCCAGCCAGGAAGUUCCAGAAUCUAGUAGGUCCUGCUUCCAGUCUUUAGGCGGACAAAGCAGCAGGGGGAGAAGGCUCUCCAGGAGGCAGGCACGGCCUGGGCAAAGGCUUGGGGGCAGGAAGGCACCAGAAGCACGCAGAGAACAUGGAGGCACAAUGGCUCCCCCACCUCAGCCCUGCUUCCUGAGCCUGGGCCCCACUCUCUCCUCCCAUUGUGCAGGAGGGAAAACGGUCCAGGGAGCGGCAGGCCUGGGGCUGGGACCUUUGGUGGGUCAGUGGGUUCUUCCUGCUUCCACCGACCCCAUCCCCGGGACCAUCCGGACUUCUCUAGCCAGAGCGGGCUAUGGAGGCUCCAGGCUAUGCCUUGGCCAGGACUCCGGCCUGGAGCUGCCCCCUCAAGGCUGGGUUUACCCUUCUGUGAAAUGGGUGGGGACAGAGGUGGGAGGUCAAGGUCACACAGCACGGGGGCGGGGGGUGAAGCCUGCCCCGGGGACAGGGUCAUGCUCUAAUGAUUUUUGGGGGCAGAGGGACGGCAGGGCCUCCCCGGCAGGUGGCUGUUCUGGUGACACAUUAACCUGCAGUAGCUGGAGAGGUGACAGCACCACACAAACCCCUUUCCUCUGGCCACAGCCCCUCCCACCCAACCCCGGGGUGGGGGGGGGGGUGCUGGUUCCACUGAAGCUCCAGUCCCCGCUGUUUGUGAAGAGGGCAUUGACCAGAGAGGGUCAUCGAUCUGCCUAGAGUGGCACAGCGUGGCGACCAGCUUUCCUGGAGCCUCCAGGGACCCCCCAGAGGGCCACCCCCAAACUCCUGAGGCCACACCUCAUGGGCUAUGCUGUGAAGCAUGUGUCCCAGACCCUGAGCGGGUAAAAUCUUUCCAUUCUUACUCAAAUCUGCACCUCUCUCUGUCUCUCCUCUCUGUCUCUCCCUAUCUGUCUCUUUUUGUCUCUGUGUGUCUCUCCCUUUCUUUCUCUCUUUCUCUUUCUUUGGCUCUUCAUGUUUCCAUCUCUCUGUCCCUCUUACAAACACAGGAACAAUUAAACCUAACACCCCACCCUCCCUGAGCCUACCUCCCCCUUCACACACACAUACACUUGGUCACACUCCAUGUUGGGAACAACCCCACACUCUCCCCCGUCACUCUGCCUGCCACCCCCUGGCUCUGUCCUCAGGGUGGUAUAUGGGUGUGUCCUGUCUGAGCCUGGCACUCAGACAGUUAAGGGGUUCCGCUGGGAUGGGGGGGGGACCCUGAGCCGCCCACUUGGGCAGGUCCAGUCCUCCCUUCCUCCGCUCCCAAGGAGGUCACGGGACUCAGGCAGGACUCAGCGGUGGCAGUGAGUGCCAGGCCUGCCCGGGGCCUAGCAGGGCCUUGUAGAUGCCUGCAGGAUGAGGCGCAGCGGGACAGCACUGUCCUUCCUGCUCAGUGAGCGGGUCCGAGAGUCGGUGGAUUCUGGCUUGGCUCCCAUAAGCCCGCUUGGCAGUGGUCUCGUCCGGAGACGAUUCUCAGGGACCCCAUUGCUGCCGCCGCUGUCAAGCCGCCUUGGAACCCCUGGAGAGGGUGAGCCCAGUGCCCGUGUGGUGUUCACCAUCGAGGCUCGAGGAACAGAGCAAAGCCACAGUCCAGGCCCCAGCAGCUUUGAUCUGGAAAAUGGACUGUCAUGCGGGAGAAGCACCCUGGACCCUCAGGCCGGGCCUGGCCUUGGCCGGGUCAUCCAGGCGCCUGCUCAGCACGGCCAGAGGCGAGAGUCCUUCCUGUACCGCUCCGACAGCGACUACGACCUCUCACCCAAGGCCAUGUCUCGGAACGCCUCUGUGGCUAGUGAUCUACACGGAGAAGACAUGAUCGUGACGCCUUUUGCCCAGGUCCUAGCAAGUCUGAGAACGGUUCGGAGCAACGUCGCAGCCCUAGCCCACCUGCAAGGCCGCGGGGCAGCCACGCAGGCAUCGGUCGAAAACCCCCUAUUUGGCAGUCAGCCCCCUCCACUUACAGAGGACACUGGGCAGAAGCUGGCUCUGGAGACACUGGACGAGCUGGACUGGUGUCUGGAUCAGCUGGAGACACUGCAGACGCGGCACUCAGUGGGGGAGAUGGCCUCCAACAAGUUCAAGCGGAUGCUGAACCGGGAAUUAACUCACCUGUCUGAAACCAGCCGCUCUGGGAACCAGGUGUCCGAGUACAUCUCCCAAACCUUCCUGGACCAGCAGACUGAGAUGGAGUUGCCCAGGGUGACCCCCACGGAGACCCCAAGGCCCAUGUCCCAGAUCAGCAGCCUGCGUGGGCUCCCCCGCAGUGCCGGCCUCUCUGCAGCCACCGUCCCACGCUUUGGGGUCCAGACUGACCAGGAGGGGCAGCUGGCCAAGGAACUGGAAGACACCAACAAAUGGGGGCUCGACGUGUUCAAGGUGGCAGAGCUAAGUGGGAACCGGCCCCUUACAACCAUCAUGUUCAACAUCUUUCAGGAACGAGACCUGCUCAAGACAUUUCAGAUCCCAGCAGACACACUCGUCACCUACCUUCUGACGUUGGAGAGUCACUACCAUGCCGAUGUGGCCUACCACAACAGCCUACACGCCGCCGACGUGGCUCAGUCCACGCACGUGCUGCUGGCCACACCUGCCCUUGAGGCCGUUUUCACAGACCUGGAAGUCCUGGCUGCUAUCUUCGCAAGCGCCAUCCACGACGUGGACCACCCUGGGGUCUCCAACCAGUUUCUCGUUAACACCAACUCAGAGCUUGCGCUCAUGUACAACGAUGCCUCCGUGCUGGAGAACCACCACCUGGCCGUGGGCUUCAAGCUGCUGCAGGCAGAGAACUGUGACAUCUUCCAGAAUCUCAGUGCCAAGCAGCGGCUGAGUCUGCGCAGGAUGGUCAUCGACAUGGUGCUGGCCACGGACAUGUCCAAACACAUGAACCUCCUGGCCGAUCUCAAGACCAUGGUGGAGACCAAGAAGGUGACAAGCCUUGGAGUCCUGCUGUUGGACAACUAUUCUGACCGCAUCCAGGUCUUGCAGAAUCUGGUACACUGUGCUGACCUCAGCAACCCCACCAAGCCGCUGGAGCUGUACCGCCGGUGGACCGACCGCAUCAUGGCCGAGUUCUUCCAGCAGGGCGACCGGGAGCGUGAAUCAGGCCUGGAUAUCAGCCCCAUGUGUGACAAGCACACCGCCUCGGUGGAGAAGUCCCAGGUGGGUUUCAUUGAUUACAUUGCACACCCACUGUGGGAGACGUGGGCUGAUCUCGUGCACCCAGACGCACAGGACCUGUUGGAUACACUGGAGGACAACCGUGAGUGGUACCAGAGCAAGAUCCCCUGCAGUCCUGUGGAUCUCACCCGCCCCGAGCAGGGUGGCCCCGACAGGUUCCAGUUUGAGCUGACUCUGGAGGAGGCAGAAGAAGAGGAGGAGGAGGAGGAGGAGGGACCAACAUUGGACACGGAGGUCUCGGAGUCACCUGACACUGAGCUGCUGGUCCCUGAGGCCAGCCCAGACCCUGGGGCCCUACCCCUGGACAACCAGAGGCCUGUGGGCAAGCCCUGCGUGGACCAUGAGGCCAGUGUGAUGGCUGAGCCCUUCGGGACCUAAUGGCUCCUGAUUGGGUGGGUGGGCCUUUGAGGAAGAGGUCCGAGGUGGCCCCUGCCUUGCCUCUGUCCCCCGUCCCCACCACCCCUACCACUGAGGGAGAAAACCAAGCUUUUAGUUCUAGGCAGGCCUCACGGUCAAAGCGAAGGCAGCUGGCUGGGGGCCAGUCUGGACCUGGAUUUGCUGAGAGAGCUCUCCAAGGGGCUGGGCUGGAGGCAGCGUCUCCCAGCACCCUUGGGAUCUCUCCCUCCUGGGCUUCCACCCCCGGUGUGGAAAGAGGGUGUCUUGCCAGGCCCCUUGUCCACCUUCUCCAGUGUGUCCACCUUCUCCACUCUUGAAGGACAUCCAUCACUUGGUUCGUUCACCCUUUAUCACAUGUUUAUUGGGCACCUGCUGUGUGCCGGGCCGGGCCCGCUGCGUGCUUCUAGGGUAGCCGUGCACGAGGGGGUGGGGAGGCAGCCCCCAGGCGAUGCACCCCCACCUCAGGCGCCUCGCCUUCAUCUGCCAGGCAGCUCCACGCAAGAGAUUGGAAACUCGAACGGGAGAAUUUUCAGCACGAAAGCUUUGUCCCAGACCCGAUUCUGGCUCAGGAGCUCCGGUCGGGACCAAUACGGAGCAGGAAAGAGGGUUCUGUGCCGGGAACUGUCUCUGAAGACUGACUUAGCUUAUGACCGCCUGUGCACUCACUGGUUGUUGCUUUAAGUGGCUGUAGUUUCUGUCCUCGGGUCUGUGGGUUCUGUUCUCUCUAGCCCCAGGACCCCUGCCGCCCGCCUUUUCUCCCUCUUACAGAACAGCAACAAAGCACAGAAUCCGCCCCCUCCCCCAACGGCAAAUCUCUACACCUCCUGUUUCUGAGGAUCCCCCAGACUCCCUGUAGGGGGAAGGGGGCCUCUGACGCUUUCUUUCCAGGCACAGCCCCUUCUGGGCCUCAGUUUCCCCUCCAUGGCCUGAUCCUAGUACUUGGGUAAACUUUGGUUGGAGGGUGGUGUCCGUGACCUCUCCGAAAUAUCUUAGAAACGUGGGGCACUGAACGUGUCUCUGGGGUUAAAUAAACCUAUCACCCAAAAUUAAUGCCGCGCCCAUCUCAGGGAUGGGGAAACGGGGUUGCAAAGAGGGCCGUUUGGCCUGCUGGGCCACGCAGUUGGGCGCUGGACAGUAGCCAGCGGCGCCCCCUGGCGGACGGAGGCACGGAAGGGAGGCGGGGCGAAUUCGGGCAUUCUCCUCGCCUUACCCGCCGUUUCUCGGCUCCCCGCGUCGUCGAGCUCAUGCUGAAGGGGCCUGCUCUGUGCUCCAGGAUCAGGUUCGAUUCCCGCCUCCAGAAGCCUCAGUAUCUCCCCGCCCCGCCCCUCGUCGCCUGCCUGAAGAAUCAUACAUGACACAAGUCAUCAAGCAGCCCCUGGCUUCAAGGACAGCUGGCUUCAUUCCUAAAUAAUUCCCUUGAUGAUUCCAUCCCACUGAUAUGAUUCAUCCUCAUCACAAGUAAUGAUCAAAUUCCACAGAGGGAGAAUUAAAAUUCAUCUGGGUCACGAACUUGGUGCGUUUCCUUCCAGACUUUUGAAAGGCAGAGAUUUAGGGGCGCCUGGGUGGCUCAGUGGGUUAAGUGUCCAACUUCGGCUCAGGUCAUGAUCUCACGGUUGGUGAGUUCGAGCCCCGCAUCGGGCUCUGUGCUGACAGCUCGCAGCCUGGAGCCUGCUUCGGAUUCUGUGUCUCCCUCUCUCUCUCUCUCUCUGCCCCUCUCCUGCUCGUUCUCUGUCUUUCAAAAAUGAAUACACAUUAGAAAAAAUUAAAAAAAUAAAUAAAAGGCAGAGAUUUAGGGGAUUUGUAUUUAUAAUUAUUUCUCCCUCCCCCCCUUUACUUACAAGUAAUAUGUGUUUACUGUAGAGAAUUUGGAAAUAAUGGAAACAUAAAAAGAGAAUAAAAUUCUGCUAUAACCUUCCUGUAGAUCA